AUGAAGGCACUACUAGGAGCUCAAGAUGUUUGGGAGAUUGUUGAGAAAGGCAAUAAGGAGCAAGAAGAUGUUGCUCUUUCUCAAGCUCAACGGGAAGCCUUGAGGGAUUCAAGAAAGAGAGACAAGAAAGCUCUCUACCUCAUCUAUCAAGCGGUGGAUGAAGAUGCAUUUGAGAAGAUCUCAAAUGCAACUACGGCCAAAGAAGCGUGGGAGAAGCUUCAAAGUUCCAACAAAGGAGUGGAGCAAGUUAAAAAGAUUCGUCUUCAAACUCUUAGAGGUGAGUUUGAACUUUUAUUCAUGGAAGAAUCUGAAUCAAUUUCUGAUUAUUUUGCUAGACUAUUGGCAAUUGUCAAUCAAUUAAGAAGAAAUGGUGAAGACGUUAGUGAAGUGAAGGUUAUAGAGAAAAUUCUUCGCACAGUAACUCCAACCUUUGAAUACAUUGCUACAAACAUUGAAGAAAAUAAAGAUUUAAAAACUAUGACUGUUGAGAAGAAAAUUUCGAAAAUAAUAGAGAUCAAAGAGGAAGAGGACGUGACCAAGGAAGCAUAUGUGGACGUGGUCGUGGAAAAGGAAGAGAAGGAAGGGGUGGCUUCAACAACUUCAAUAAUGGAGAAAGAAGUCAAAAUCCACAAGCAACAAGAGGAUGCGGAAGAGGAAACUCAUGGUCAAGGAAUGAUAAAUCCCACAUCAAAUGCUACAAUUGUAAUAAGUUCGGCCACUAUGCCUCCGAGUGUAAGGAAGGUUGAAGAAAAGGUCAAUUUCGUUGAAGACAAAGGUGGAGAAGAAGGAACAUUGCUACUAGCUUGCAAAGACAAAGAUGAAGGCCAAGAAAAUAGAUGGUAUCUUGACACCGGAGCUAGCAAUCACAUGUGUGGACAAAGAAGAAUGUUCGAGGAGCUCAAUGAAGCAGUAAAAGGAAAUGUCUCUUUUGGAGAUGAGUAA